CGGAACUUUUUCGAACUAUUGAUUGAAAGUAACCUUAGAGACCAGGUAAAUACAUCGGUAACAGUGUGAAUCUCUCCGGAAAGGAGAAAAAAAAAGAAACAUCAGAUCAAUGACAUGUCGGAGCAACAACUAAAAUAAAAUAUCGCAACCUUGUUCAUCGCGUGGUACCCUUCUAAAACAUGUCCCAUUUGUUACCUUACACCACCACCUGUUACACCUUGGGGACCAUAGAAUUUCGUUUGACCUACUGAGGCUUUUAUUGAGAUGCUGAUGGGUAGGAGUAGAGGAUGUCGUCAUGAAUCAAUACGUGACUUUAAGUCCUUUGGGUGACGGUACUUAUGGAGACGUUGUACUCGGGAAGAGACUCGACACUGGAGAAAAAGUCGCCAUUAAAAAAAUGAAAAAGAAAUAUUAUUCCUGGGAUGAAUGCAUGAGCUUACGAGAAGUAAAGUCUCUGAAGAAACUAAGCCACGCCAAUUUGGUGAAAUUAAAAGAAGUGAUACGAGAAGAUAACACUUUAUACUUUGUGUUUGAGUACAUGAAAGAAAACCUUUAUCAAUUGAUGAAAAGAAGGGAUCGUCCUUUUCACGAAUCCGAAAUCAAAAACAUAUUGUACCAAAUUCUUCAGGGAUUGUCAUUUAUGCACAAACACGGGUUUUUUCACAGAGAUUUGAAACCUGAGAACGUUUUGUGUAUGGGCAUAGACCUCAUUAAAAUUGCUGAUUUUGGUCUGGUUCGUGAAAUCAGGUCAAGGCCUCCAUACACAGAUUAUGUAUCAACGAGGUGGUACAGGGCUCCAGAAAUACUCUUACGAUCAACAAAUUAUAGUUCUCCGAUUGAUAUUUGGGCACUUGGUUGCAUUAUGGCAGAAUUAUAUAAUCUUAGACCACUAUUUCCUGGAAGAAGUGAAAUAGAUCAAAUUUUUAGGAUAUCAUCUGUAUUAGGAACGCCUGAUAGGGGAGAAUGGCCUGAAGGUUAUCAACUAGCAACUCAAAUGAAUUUUCAUUUUCCGAAAUUCUCUCGACUAUCAUUGGCAGAUGUGGUUCCAGGUAUCAGUAUAGAAGGAUUGGCUAUUUUCACCGAUAUGUUGAAAUGGAAUCCAAGUUUGAGGCCGACUGCUGUAUUGGCACUCCGAUACCCAUACUUUUCUGAAGUGUCAAGAAUAAUGGGACGAAGAAAAUCAAGGAAUGUAAACAUACAUCCAGAUUACAGUGAUAGAUGGUACACGGACUUAUGGCAAGAGAAUGAAAAUCGUAACAAAGAAAAGGAAGAAAAGUCAAAAGUAAAGAAAAACGAUGACCCUAGAGGUGGAAUACAAUUCCCGAGAAAUUUGAACAACUCGUUUAAAGACAACAAAAUUAGCAGAUCUUGGCCUACUUUAGAAGGAAUGGAUUUAAUAUCAGCGAACGGCAUUGAUUUACAGAGCUUACAAAAUGCAAGGGUUUUUAAUCCAGAAGAGCAUUACAGUGGUUCUAUUCAUCAAUAACUGACAUUAGUAUGUAAAGAAAUUGAAUGCAUAUAAUUUAAAAGUUAAGGCAUUAAUAAACUUUCAGAUUUAAUGCCUCAAAAAUAUUUACCUCAGUCAGCAC